UGACAAUUUUGUCCCCCUUCAUCAUCCUGCCAUGCAAAUGCAUCGUGCUUGUGCAUCAUCAUCAGCACUUCUCAUUCGUGAUUCUGUUCAAGAUUCGAACGAGUAGAGUGACAGUGUCGCUUUGCGUCGCAGCGAAGUAGCUCUGGGUAGUCGUGCGACGAGGAGGAGGAGGAGGAGGAGGAGGAGGAGAAGGAGGAGGCGAUCAAGGUGCAAGCGAGGUGCAAGCAAGAUGAGCUCCGCUGCUACCAACCGCGGUGCUGGUGCUGGUGCUGGUGCUGGUGCUGCAACACUAAAGAGCGGCAAAGCACAGCGCAUCUCUUCUCCCUCCGCAUCCAUCCACCUGCCAUGCACACCUUACAUUACCCACAUUGUGCCAGUGCAGGCUGGAUAUGCAGAGCAAGGAUGCUCGCACUUGGUGGUGGGAUCAUCGGACGGAUCUGUGCGACUACAUCAGUGCGCCACCCUCGAGCCUAUGGCUGAGCUUCCAUGGCAUCUCCUCCCCUCCCCCUCCUCCUCCGCUUCAAGCAACCAAGGAGCCACCUCUGCGCUUUUGACUCUUCCAAGCGCGAGCGCGAGCACAGGCCCGAGCUCGAUCUCGAACGGGCAAUCACCACAGAGCAUUCGUGUCUUGUGCGCCACCAAUCAGGGUGACGGAGCUAUCCUUUGGGAUCUCUCCGAAACUGCUGCUGCUGCUGCUGCUGCUGCUGCUGCUGCUGCACAGAACAGCGCAAGCCCUUCUCAAAACUUGCUCAAGCAGUUGAAAAGCUCAAAUGGAGCGCCGUAUCUUUGUCUGGCUUGUUCCAGCGAUGGAAGGUACGUGGCAGCUGGGACGGAACUGAAGAAUUACGAAGCUGUGAUAGAUCUGUGGGAUCUACUCUCCUCCACCUCUUCUCCUCAAUUCACAUACACCGAAUCGCACUCCGACGAUAUCACCUCUCUCUCCUUUCAUCCUUCUCACACUCAUCGACAUUUGUUGCUGAGCGGUAGUACGGAUGGACUAUUGUCCGUGUUGGAUACGCGCACCACGGACGAAGAUGAUGCGGUUCUUGGAGUUUGCAAUAUGGACGCCAGCAUUGCCAGAGCUGGAUGGUGUGCACAAACAUCCGCUUCCGAUCAGUCUGGGAUGUUGCGAGCGAGGAAGGAGGAAGCGGUGUUUAGCGGUGUGGAUGCAGCGAUGAACACGCAGGAGGAAGAGGAGCUGAGUGUAAAGGAAGAGAGAGCGAAGGGAAUGGGAGACUUUUGGUCGGUCAGUGAUAUGCAGAGUGUAGCCAUCUGGAACGAAAAUUUCGAUGCGGUCUUGCAGCCGCUAGAUGUCAGAUCGGUGGGAUGUAGAGAGUGGCAGACGGAUUACAUCAUCGAUGCGUUUAGUCCUCGGAAUUCGCGCGCGGAUGGACCGACGAGCAGCCAUGCGCAAGCUACUCAUCUCAUCUUCUGGGUCGGCACCAUCUCAGGAAAAGCUCUACGAAUCGAUCUGGAGCUGGACGGGCAAGACGGUUCGACCGGCUGGACUAUGAAGACUCUUCUGUCGGAUUCGGACUCGGACUCUGCCGCCUACGACGCCGUCCAAAUUCCUCAGACUCCUUCCACUCUCCGCCCCAAAGGUCAUUCCGACAUCGUUCGGUCCAUUCAUCAAGCAGGAGAAGCGCGGCAAGGAGAUAUCUUUACGGGCGGAGAAGAUGGUUGUUUGAUGCGCUGGCAAGCAGAUGCCAAUCUCCUCUCCUCCGCCGAGGAUUUGAACUCGCGCUCGACGGCUUUGGAAAUGAUUUCUUCGGAUGAGAAUACGAGGCAACAGCUGGUGAUGGAUGUGGAUGUGGGAAUGCAGCAGAGGCAGGUGCAGCAGGAAGAGGCGCAGAUCUUGGUCGGGGCGGAGAGAGAGGGAAGGAUGAACAAGAAAAAAUCAAGACAUACGCCUUAUUGAAUGCCAUCUUUCAUCGAUGUGGACA